UACCAAAUGAGAUGCAUGUGCAUGACAUGAUACAAUCUCUGGCAGUACUAUCACUGGUCCAGACAUCUAUGGUCAAUAAUACAAUUCUACUUCGGUUCCAUCCACUUGUGCAUUCAUGGGCACAUGAGAUGGUGCUGCCAAAUUCACUUGCCAUAUAUAAGCAGAUGGCAAUCACCAUAGUGUCAACAUCUACAGCGGCCCUUUCUCAAGAACAUUUUCAAUAUCUUCCAGCACAUAUAAUAAGGUCCAUGGACAAGGUUGAUCUGAGGGAUCUACAUGCAAGAGAUAUGGUUUCAUUUGGAUCAAUUAUGAGUGAUUAUGGAUUUGGGAGAGCAGCAGUGGAAUUACAUGAGGAAGCAGUGAAGAAGAUUGAAGCAGGAGCUGGAGAGAAUGACAAGCAGACAGCUGAUGGGUAUGAUUUUCUUGGGACUACAUACUGCCAAGUAGGGAAAUUGAAGGAGGCUGAGGAGAUGCAAAUCAAGGUGAUGAAGAUGCGGCAGGAGAUAUUAGGGGAGUGUCAUGCAGAUACAAUUGGAGCCUCCAACAACCUUGCACUCACCUACCGGCAUCUUGGCAAGCGAAAGGAGGCUGAGGAGCUGCAAAUCAAGGUGAUGGAGAUGUGGCAGGAGAUACUAGGGGAGCGGCAUCCAGAUACAAUUGGAGCCUCCAGCAAUCUUGCACUCACCUACCAAGGUCUUGGCAAGUUCAAGGAGGCUGAGGAGCUGCAAAUCAAG